GGAUCAGCCUGCACGGUUUAGUCGCAGUUGGGGUUAACCAGUUCUCGCAUAAGAUAACACAGAUGCGGAGCCUAAAUCAGUGUGUCGCCCUCACGAAUGACUUGUUGAAACAUGAUUGAAUCGUAUGGGAGUCCGCGGGAAUGCAUGCACAUGAUGCAGUCGUACCACCGCAAAUUCCAGGGAUUUCCCUGAAUUUUCGCAUUCAGUCAGUACGAUCCUCAUCUAGGGAAGCUUUUGAAUCUGACAACAAGCUGUUGUCGAUUACGAUGGCGAAGAUGAUGUGGGAUGAUGCAACCUGGGAUGUUGUGCCGGCCGGCGAACACCCAGUUUUGUCAACCGGGCUCCGGCACGACCGGUGGAACUGAGCCUAAGCCCUUCAGCCCCAGACUUUGAAUUCGAUUUCGUAUAACUGACUCGCCUGUUACCAUGUUCCUCUCGCGCCUCGUAACGACUGCAAAACAAUUCUCCACAUCUGCCAUUACCAGUUUCCCCAAACUCAAGACGCACAGUGGGACAAAGAAACGGUGGAGGGCGCUCAGCAAUGGCAAGUUCAAACGCGCACAUGCAGCACACGUGCAUUUGAACGUCACUAAGAGACCAGGGCGUAAAAACGCACUUUGUCAGACAGCAUAUUCCAGCGGAGCGCAGACACCAACCUUGAAAAAACUCAUGCCCUACGCCUAGCCUUACUUAUUCUAUAGAUACUCUGUACUUCUCAUAUAAUCAACGUCUGUUUUACCAAGAGUGGAUGUCUGCGAUACAUACAUGACACCUCCUG